AGUAACGCGUUUUCUCGCAGAUUAGUGCCUUUUUCGUGCUUAAGUUGAAUAUUGUGCCGUUUUUAAGCUGGUGUGUAGUUGAUUUUCCAAAGUUUCGUAAGUAAUUUAACCUGUUGUGAAGUUGUGAAACGUGGAAGUUUAACGUAGUUGCGUAAUAGUGCAUAAAUGGCAUCGUCGUGCUUCCGAUUUUGCUGGCGUCGAAAGGUACGCUUCAUUGAAGAGGGCGUAGCGCCAAAUUCGAAUGCAUCCGGACAACCAAGGAAAAGGAGCGUUUUUGGACAAGUGCGGAAUUUUCUGUCCCGUUCAAAUUCCACGGAACGUAGCGAAGCGAAAUUGUUGAGAGAACAAAAGCGUGAGGUGGAAAAAGCUCUAAAAGAAUUUGGUCGCUAUGAUAGAACUACCGCACUCAGACACAUGGGUGGAGUUAUGCAGGCAAUUGAUCGCGCCAUCUGGUUCGAGCAACAUGAAGCGUACAUCAAACUGGAAAGAGUUGAACGACCUAAACCUACCAAGGAAAAAGAGGUACUUGUUAAGAAUUCCCCCAAAGAAAAACACAUCAAAAAGGAAGCCACUGAGAUUACUCCUACUAAACCAAGUGCAGCUUCAACUUCGGGACCCAUUCAUCCAGGCUCUGGAAUGCCCAUAUCUGCCCCGAUCGAUAUUCCUAAUCGAGUAAUCCCGUUGGAAAAUACCGGUCUGACCCCGAUGAUGGUUGUUCCAAAGACUGGUUCCAACCAAUCAAAUGUUAUUCAUUUUAAUCCCAUAAUUCCCGAUUCAAGCUGUCAAAUACCGGACAGUAUCAACCCGUUCCUCGAUCGCAAUGUGCUGGUGGUCGAAGCGGAAGUUCACGAGCCGCCACCUGAUUGCGUUUCCUGUACAUCAGAAGAGUUUGAAGAUUUAUUCCAGCGGAAACACGCUCCAUAUUCGACGCGUUCUUCAAUGCCAACACCCUCAAAGGCGGGUCAAGAGCCGGAUAUGCAAGACCUUCAAAGUCCGGUAAUGCCGCGCCAUAGAAGAAAGCAAACAUUGCCGGACGAUUUGGACGCAAUCAUGGUUGAUCCCGAACAGCCGGAAGAUGCAGCUGCCCCUGGCCCCAGAUGGCCAAAGGCAUUGCUCAACAACGACCCCACGUUGCAUGAUGACGAACUGCCGGAAUGUCUCCGGGGCUUGCACAACUGGACCCAAACCAGUUACGUCAUUUUCAAUGAGAAUUCUAAAGAGCAACUGAUUUAAGGUCGAAAUUGCACAAAACCCUACUUUCUUGUGUGCUCCUUUUUCUACAGAUCGUUUGGUCGAUUCGUUCUGUAAUGAUUGUAUUGUAUGAU